CGCUCGCGCUCUGCCCCUUACAAACGAUUCGCGCCUCGGUCUCGAGACCGCGCCUCUGAGGAGAUACUUCACAAAGAACACUAGCGUUUAUUAUUUACUAAAAUAAUGCAAACAAAUAUGAGUGACUUUUAUCGACACGAACUCGUCUAUUUGAUGGGAUUAUUCAAACAUCUGAGUGAAAUCACGGAUAUCACGCUCGCCUUUGAAUUGUUUAUUGUGGAUUUAUAGACGAGGAAAAACGUUCGACUGGGGAGCUGAAAGAAAAAAGGAAGGAGAGAAAGAAAGACGAACUUAUUUCGUUUUGAGAUAUUCUCAUUCAGACCUCAUGUUUUUUGCUUAAGAAUCGUGAAGUUUGUCUCGAGCGCGUAUCCAGCAGCUGGCGCAAGCUGGGCUGAGAUGGAGAGGACGCGCGCGCUCAGAUGGAAGUUUUCUCUCCAAACAUCCAAACAGAGAGAAUCCGAUGGACUGAAUAAUGAAACUACAAAAAAACAGCUUUUAAAGCAAAGUAUUAGUUAAAUUAUCCUCUUCGGUGGAGUGGAAAUAUGAUGAUGAUGAUGAUCGUGAGAUCUGCGUAAUGGACACAUAACAUCAGGAGGAGGAUCUCAGCAUACAGGUGUGCUUGCAUUGUCACAGCAAUGAUUGCCACGGGUGGGGUGAUCACGGGGCUCGCAGCAUUGAAAAGACAAGACUCCACCCGCUCUCAGUAUCAUCUGCCAAUCCAGAGCCCAGGCCCUGCUCCUGAGAAGAAAUGCACCAAGCGUAAACCUAGAGCUGAUGUCGUGGUAGUGAGAGGGAAGAUCAGACUGUAUUCGGCCUCAGGAUUCUUUCUGGUUUUGGGAGUGCUGAUCCUCAUGGCAGGCAUUGCAAUGGCUGUUCUUGGAUACUGGCCUCAUAAGGACCCCCAGAAGGCACCAGAAAGCAAGUUGUCCAGGAACGAUACUCAGGUUGGCCAAGAGCAGGUGGGCUCCAUUGCGCAAUUCUUGGAGAAGCACCUGCAUUCCGAGAAGAUGAAGAUGUUGGGUCCUUUCACUAUGGGAAUUGGGAUUUUUAUCUUCAUCUGUGCUAAUGCCAUCUUACAUGAGAACAGGGAUCGUGAGACAAAGAUUAUCCACAUGAAGGACAUGUACUCGACCGUCAUAGACAUUCACAGCCUGCGGAUUAAGGAGCAGAAGUGUACGAAUGGGGCCUACAUGGGUCCCUACACGGACACAGAGAUCCGUUCUUUCGGACUGGAUGGCCAGUUUGCCUCAAGGCUCGCAGCAAACACUCUAAUGUCCUUCUCCGGUCUGGAUGGUGACGCCCGGUUCUCCCACAGGACCAGCUCGGCUGAGGAUGACGAGGGUCUAAUGAGUGAGGCCCGAGGUGGCUUUGGCCUGUUGUCGCCUACUUACAAGGACCGUUCUGAAUGUAUCUUUGGGUUCCAUGAUGAGGGUGGUCGUCGGUGGGAGGACAAGCGUGGUGCGCUCAAGAAAUGCCAAACGCGCUCCAUCGUUUCCUCUUCCAUCAGCGCCUUCACACUGCCCGUCAUCAAACUCAACAACUGCGUCAUUGAUGAGCCUGACAUCGAUAGCAUCACGGAGGACUUAGAGCAGAGCAGGGUCCACUCCAGACCUCCGUCAUUGGAGUCGUUAACGGUACCUGUUCCUUAUGUCGCCAAAGCUUUCAAGCCUUCGGGCGCCCUGCUGCUCCGGAGCAACUCAGCCACCGAAUCCCCUACCUCCACAUCUUCCCGUUCCUCACUGUCUCCUGGGUCCACCAGCGGUAGGUUCCUGUCACCUGGUGCUGCGCGUAAAGACUUCGGCUCCAAUAGCUCCCUCCACAUUUUGUCAGCCCAUUCCAAAUCUCUGGAUUUAGAGAGAGCGCCCACAAUGCUGACUGUCCAGCCCGAACAGAGGAAACACCCUAGUUGGCCCAGAUUGGACCGCAGUAAUAGUAAAGGAUACACUAAACUGGAGGACAAAGAGGACCCUAUGGACAGGCUUUUAGUGCCCCCAGUGGCCGUGAAGAAGGACUACUCUAAAAAGGAGAAACUUCUUAUGAUCUCCAGGUCUCACAAUAACUUGAGCUUUGAGCAUGAUGAAUUUAUGGAGAACUGUCUGAAGAGAGGCACCUCAGAGACCAGAUUUUAAAACUGAGCAAGCGUCAAAUGUCAAUCCAUGAGCUUUUGGCCUUCACAGUCCAGCUGCAAUAUAAAAACAGUUCAAUUUACAGAUACAAAUCACAAGGCCCUUGAACAGAUAGCUUAGGCAGUUGUGCUGCUUUUUUUGUUUUGUUCUUUCACUGGAUUUCAGAAUGAUAUUUCACCCAGAAUUUGAAAUACAAAAAGUGAGCCGUAAUGCUAAAUGAAAGUAUGGGUAGAGCGAAUAAUUCAGUAACUAACAGGUUAGUGCAACUUGUUCAAAUAUGGUUGUAUUGUUUUUGUUAUCAUUCAGACAGGAUCUAUUGUCUGUUUGAGUACUACAGUAUGUGUGUUGUACCUGCACUGCUAGUUAUUUUACUUUAAAUAAUUUAUUGUUUAAAACACACACACACCGAUAUUUUUGAAGAGAACUCUUCAAUGUAUAAUUUACCUGUUUCUCAGAAUAAACACAACCUUUUCAGAUAAUGUCCUGUUUUGACUAC